UGUACAUGCAGCACUUUUCUAGAUAUAUAAUUAUUCUGAUCUCCCAGAGCACCUCAAGUGUAUUGAGAUAUCUUUGUAACUUAGCACCAGCAUAAAUGGAUAGCACGGAAGAGGUCCCUGCUGAGGUGGAACCAAGUGUAGAAAUAGAUGUAGACCUGUCAGCCUCCAGUCCCACUCCCAAAGAGUUGGAGAUUCAAGCUGAUCUUGAUGAGCCUGAUGGGGGUGUGCUUGAUCCCCCUAAGAGCAUACUGAAGAACUCUACAGUGACACAAGGGGAGGAAGAUGACCACGAGAGCAGUGAAAAUGACGAGAAAAAGAAGGACAAAACACCUCAAAGAAAGUUAAUUCCAUUUCGGAAACUGUUUCGGUAUGCUGAUUGCUGGGACGUGCUCAUGAUCUUGUUUGGUGCAGUCCUGGCUAUAGCGGCCGGUGUGGCCCUACCCGCUCACAUGCUCCUCUUUGGUCGAGUCAUCAGCGAAUUUGUCACCUUUGGUAUUGUGAACGAUAACACGCUACUUAGAAAUGCGACAAGUUCACUGGAUCAGGCUUGUUCUGCGGAUGCCAUCUUCUCCAGUCCUGCCUACUUGGAUUAUGUGAACAGUACUGAGAGCUACUUCUGUGUAUCGGACCCCAAUUCGACUGACGGUAUAGCCGGUAACAUCCUUCGCUAUGCCUGCGACCCUAAAGAGACCCUGAGGUUUAGCGUUGGCCAGCUGUCACUCUACUAUCUUGCUAUUGCUAUUGGGGUUUUUAUUGCACUUUUCUUCGCAAACAUCUUCUGGAACGUAAGUGCCUAUCGACAGACAAGAAGAAUACGUUUGGCAUUUUACAAGUCAAUUCUCCGUCAAGAGCUCGGCUGGUUUGAUGUGCAUGAAGCCUCUCAGUUGAACACAAGACUUGUUGAUGACAUUGAGAAGAUACAAGCUGGGAUCGGUGACAAGAUCGCCCUAUUCUUGCAGUACAUGUCCACCUUUGUCUCAGGCUUUGUCAUAGCUUAUGUACUCAGCUGGAAGAUGGCUCUGGUGGUAUCAAUCAUGUUACCCCUCCUCACGUUUACAGCUUUCAUGAUUGCCAAGGUUAUAGCUUCGUUUACAGUAAGGGAGCAGAGUGCUUAUGCAGCUGCUGGGGCAGUGGCAGAGGAGGUGCUCUCUUCAAUCAGGACAGUUGUUGCUUUCGGUGGAGAGGCCAAAGAAACUGAGAGGUAUGGUGACCAGUUGAAGAAGGCACGCAAUGUAGGAAUGAAGAAAGCACUGCUCUCGAGUAUCAUUUCAUCUCUCCUGUACAUAAUCAUCUUUGGCACUUACGCUCUUGGCUUUGGAUAUGGCUCCACUUUGAUCAUUUCCUGUGAGCUGACUGCUGGAGUCAUUGUCACAGUAUUAUUCACGAUAAUCAUCGGGAGCUUCAACCUGGGCAAUGCCCUUCCUGAGAUACAGACCAUAGCUACUGCCCUGGGUGCAGCCUCUAUCGUCUACGAAAUCAUUGACAGGGAACCUGAGAUUGAUUCGCUCUCUGAUAGUGGCGUGGUGCUGGACCAAUUUGAAGGCAAUAUCAAACUGAGUGAUGUCGUGUUCCAUUACCCUGCACGUCCCAAUAUUCAGAUUCUGCACGGACUGGAUCUGGAGGUGAAGACAGGUCAAACUGUCGCUCUGGUGGGUCCCAGUGGGUGUGGUAAAAGCACUGUUGUCCAGUUAAUCCAGCGACUCUAUGACCCGAAGGCUGGACUGAUCACGAUUGAUGGCCAUGAUGUCAAGACCCUAAACUUGAAGUGGCUGAGAAGGAACAUAGGCAUUGUGAGCCAGGAGCCAUCACUCUUCAACGCCACCAUUGUUGAGAAUAUCCGAUUUGGAAAAAAGAAUGCUACUAUGGAAGAAAUUGUCGAAGCAGCCAAAAAUGCCAACGCACAUAAUUUUAUCUCUGGGUUACCAGAUGGCUAUGACACUCAUGUAGGCGAGAGAGGGGCUCAGUUGAGUGGAGGUCAAAAGCAGCGGAUUGCCAUCGCAAGAGCUAUUAUCAAAGAUCCCAAAGUUCUCCUACUGGACGAGGCCACCUCUGCCCUCGACAACGAGAGUGAGAAGAUUGUCCAGGACGCUCUAGACAAGGCCAGAGAGGGAAGGACCACUAUCAUCAUCGCUCAUCGUCUCUCUACCAUCCAGACUGCCGACAUCAUCGUGUCAAUCAAUAAGGGCUGUGUGGUGGAGAUGGGCUCUCAUGCUGACCUCAUGGACAGGGAAGGCCUCUACUAUGACCUAGUCACUGCACAGACCAUUGCAGACGAGGAACACGAGCCCCUUGCUGACUUCAAGGCUGCUGUUAAACGCUCCAUUUCUAACCGUCUGACGUCUACCAAUUCAACUUCGAGCAAUCCGCACAGCUUCUCCAGACAAGCCUCUCAGCAGGAUGAUGUUUUUCCUGGUCUCUCUGACUAUCUCUCGAGGUUCAGUGUUGAAGACCUCCCGAUUAUGGCUGCUCCCUCCCCCCGGCCAGGACGUGCCAGUUUUCCCGGCCCCAGCGAGGUCUUGUCACAAACUGGCAAUGAUGAUGGUGAUGAUGAUGAAGAAGACGAAGAUAAAGUUGUGAGGUUUCAAAGUGAUGCGGAAGAGGCUGAGAUAUCCGAGGGACGUGGUAAAUCACACUCGUUACGGAAACUGGUUCGUAGGAGGAGGAAAAAGAAGGAAAAUGUUCCGAAUGUGUCCUUUACCGAGCUCCUCAAGCUCAACAAACCGGAUUGGUUGCUGGUGCUGGUCGGUGUCAUUGGAUCAGCUAUGCUCGGUGUUCUCUUUCCACUUCUAGCCAUCCUCUUCAGCAACGUCUUAGCGAUAUUUGGACUUCCUGACCCGGUUUUGAUCAUGGAACAGACUCUUGCGGUCGUGGCAGGCUUCAUAGCGUUGGCUGUUGGAUCGGCUGCUACUCAGUUUAUUGCCAGUUUCCUGCUAAGCGUGGCAGGAGAGAGACUCACUAAGAGGCUGCGAUACCUCAGCUUUCAGGCCAUGCUAAGACAAGAGAUUGCCUGGUUCGACAAAAAGGGUAACUCCACUGGAGCACUCACCACCAAACUAGCCACAGAUGCAUCGGAAGUGAAGGGGGCCACUGGAAUUCGUUUGGGUGUUGUUCUUCAGCAAAUAUUUGGCCUAAUAGCUGCUCUUAUUGUGGCCUUUGUAGCCUCCUGGGAGCUGACUCUGCUGCUUAUGUUUUGUUUCCCUGUUCUGGUCAUCGUGGGGUUCUUUCAGAUCAGUCAAGUCGCUGGAAAGGCACAAAAGAACAAGAAGGGGAUCGAGAAUGCUGGCCAGAUUGCAGUUGAAUCCAUUGACAACAUUCGAACGGUUGUAUCACUCUCCGUUGAGCCAGAAUUCUUUGACAACUACAAACAGCAGAUUCGAGUACCUUUCAUCAACAACAUCAAGAGCACCUUUGGCACAGCUGUUGUGUUGGCAGUGGCCCAGUCACUCAUCUUCUUCAUGUUCUCUGCCGGCUAUAGCUUUGGUGCAUUCUUGGUCAUUGAAGGGAGGGCUGACUAUCAAGAUAUAUUCCAGACAUUUGCUGCCGUGGUGUUCACUGCUUUGUCUGUUGGUCGAGCCAGCUCAUUUGCCCCUGAUGCUUCCAAGGCCAAGAUAUCGGCAGGGCGAGUACUGGCACUGCUACGUAGAGAACCAGCCAUUGAUACCACCAGCAAGGAUGGAACGAAACCAGAAGCUACAAGUGGUGCAAUCGAUAUCAACCUUGUACACUUCAACUACCCUGAGCGACCUGAGGUGAACGUACUGCAGGGACUGUCUGUCUCAGUGAAGCCUGGUCAAACGCUGGCUCUUGUUGGUCCAAGUGGGUGUGGCAAGAGCACCUCCGUCUCGCUCAUCGAGAGGUUCUACGACCCUUCCUCUGGAAAUCUUUCUCUGGAUGGCACAGAUCUGAGGGACCUCAAUCUCAAGUGGCUAAGAUCAAAGAUUGGAAUCGUAUCACAGGAGCCAAUCCUCUUUGAUGCCUCCAUCGCUGAGAACAUCCGUUAUGGGGCUCUAUUCAGAAAGGUGUCUGACGAGGAAGUCAUUGAAGCAGCCAAAUCUGCAAACAUCCACCAGUUCAUCAAUACCCUUCCCAUGGGAUACAACACAAAUGUGGGAGCUAAGGGCACACAGCUGAGUGGAGGCCAGAAGCAGCGGAUAGCCAUCGCUAGAGCUCUUAUGAGGGACCCCAAAGUCCUCCUACUGGACGAGGCCACCUCUGCCCUCGACACUGAGAGUGAGAAGAUUGUCCAGGACGCUCUAGACAAGGCCAGAGAGGGAAGGACGAGUAUUGUAAUCGCCCAUCGUUUGUCUACAGUGUACAACUCUGACGUGAUUGCUGUUAUUCACAAUGGUCAGGUGAUCGAGACCGGGACACAUAGUGAGCUGAUGGCUUUGGGUGGAGCCUACUAUCAUCUCAACACUGUGCAAGUAGAUGGCUUUGAGUGACAUUUAUAGUGACGUUAAAGGACAUUUAUAGCAUUUAUAUGCUUAUUUAUUUAACUGUGUUUCUUUUCUAGUUUUUGUUGUUAUGUUGGCAGUAUGCUAUGGUUAAUAUGAACUUGUUACAGCACUAGUGAUGUAUAUAAUUAUUUUGUUUCAGAAUCAUUCUAUACAAUGACAGUACGCAUCAAAUAAAAUUAAUUUCGUUCA